CGCGUUGCUGUUUGACUAAUCUACUAAUUCUGAACCAGAUUAGUUUUUUUAAUGACAGAAUUCCAAAAUGGCGCUGAUAUCGGCUGAACCUACUAUCUUCAUGUACAUGGCAUCUUAUGGGAUUUUAAUAAUCUUAAGCCAGGAUUUCAUCUUGUCUCGUCUGUGUUUUGCGCAACUUGGAGACCCAGACUGUGGGAACAGCAGUGCGCGUUCAGCGUCCUCUUUGACUUCCCCCACCUCCUUCACGUCGCCUCUUAACCUUUACCCGAAUCCCGAAGGAGAAUGGGAGCCCUUAAGAGAUACAGCGGAUCAGAAUUCUAGGGCGCGGGAAGUGCAGGAGGAGGCUGUGAGGCUCUACAUGGGCGCAACUAUCACCCUCUCCAUAACCUCCAUCCUGUCAUCACAGUUCCUGGGACAUUGGAUGGACAGGUGUUCAAAAAAGGUCCUUAUGAUUGCACCCGUUGUGUGCAUGAUCGUGUGGGCACUUGGAAUCGUGUUUCUGGCCACUUUUCCUCAGUUACCCAUCUACUUGAUCUUCAUCGCCAUCGCCAUUGGGAACAUCUCUGGCGGAUACGUGACUCUGAAGUCGGCGGUGACGAGCUACGUGAUCCAGAUAUCCUCGGAGAGCCAAAGGACAGUUCGGCUCAGUAUGUUAGAGGCGGCCAUUUUCCUUGGGGGCGCCGUGGGCCUCCUCUCGCUGCCCUUCCUCACGGACUACUUCGGGGCGACACAUGCUAUGCUUUUCUUAGGUGCUGAAGGUUUGGCUGUCAUUAACUUCCUGUACAUCAUAUUUGUCCUACCCGACGAUGGAGGCCCACCACGAAGCAGCAACUUCGGCGAAGAUGAAAUAAUCGCUCCUGGCGAAUCCCUUCCCCGUGACCACAACUAUGGCUCUUUCCAAGGGGCCGGCCAUUCUGUUCUGUCACAAGGGAGUCACAUCACCGCCAGCCGCCACACAGUCGCCGACAUCGUCGUAACGUCUCCAGAGGGUGAGGAUUGUGGGGAUUUCUCCGACCUUCCAGUUAGUCCCAGAGGAGGUGGGAGUCGCUACGGCACUCCUCCCGAGCUCACUGUCAAGCCCGAAUCCCCGGACAACCAUAGUUCAUAUGGCACUCCCACUCCUGACAUGUUCUCGCAAGAAACAUACUUGCGUGCCCGCUAUGCCCUUAGCGCCGCCCUCGGAAUAGUAACGAGCGUAGCGGGGGUGUCCGACCCAGCCAGCAGGUAUGGGACACCCCCCGAAUACCCAUCAGAUCUACAGUAUGUCCCAGGUGAUUUCUCUGAAGACGCCGGAAGAUCUCGAUGUCAUUCGUAUCCUGCACAAACACGGAUUAGCGUGCAGCAACGAUCUGCAAAAAUGGAUGAAGUAAAGACUGGUGUAAUAAAGGGAGUCUCCAUGCGUGAUGAUUUCUUGACCUUAAGGUGGGGUGAGCGUGUCGGGUUCGAACAAACAGUUGAUGAAGUGGACAGUGAAGAUCUCCAUAAAACACAAGAAGCGCCGAACAAUUUGGACCAAGCUCCGUCAUCACUGUUCCCGGAAAUCGUAGCAGUAACUCAUAGCUUUUGCUUAACUGAUGAUUCCAGCCACGAUAGUGAUCAUCACCACAUUCACUGUGCUGAUUCUUGUAUCAGUGACGUUUCCCAUCCUUGCAUCGAUAACUGCCAUUCCGACGCCUGGCUGGGAGAUAACCAUUAUCCAGAUGGUGAUCAUUGCCACUGCGACGACCCGGACCGCGAUUACCGCCCCAGCGAUGCGUGUGAUGGCCAAGUGAUUCCAUGCGUAUUUACCAAGCAUCGGCUUCAGAGGCCUGCUUCCUCUGUGAGCCUUUAUCAAGAAGCGAAUGUCAAAGAAGAGAAAGAAUUUGAAAAAUCAAAGGAGGAAGAAAGAGACACAGCAAUAACUCAAGCAAAAGGAGAAAAAGGUGAACGAAAAGAGGAAGAUGGGGAACACGAUGGCAUUUUUGGACGUCUUCUUGAUGCUUUGGUAACAACUUUCCGGUACCGGCCAAACGGCGUCCGAAGCAUGGUCGUUGCCUCCGUCAUUGCCAACUUCUUUAUAUCCUUCGUUGUCCCAGCGGAAAUGGAUGUCAUCUUCCUGUAUGUGAAGGCCAAGCUUGGUUGGUCCUUUACCAGCUAUGCAACCUUUUUCGCCCUCAAGUGCGGCGUGGACGGCGUGGCCCUCUUGUUGCUGCUGCCCCUUCUGCGCCGCUGUCUGGGCCUUAGGAACGCCUCCCUCGGGGUCCUGGGAGGCCUAAGUCGUGCUACCUACUUCAUUGUGCUGGGCAGUGCCUACAAGCCCUCAAUGGUAUUUGGGGCUCUGGCGACUGCUGUCUUCGGACAAUAUCUGUUCGUAAGCAUCCGUGCUAUCAUGUCAAGUCUCGUAGACGAAAAUGAGCAAGGCCGAGUCUUCACAGUGCUAAGUUCGGUGGAUCAGCUGGCCCAGCUCUUCGGCUCCCUCGCCUACGAUAACCUCUUCCCAGUCUUCCUCUCGAAGAACAUGCCCGGAGUCACACUCAUGCUGGCUGGCUUUGUCGCGAUCAUACCCACUGUCUUCUUCGGGGUCCUGUACUUCUCCUUGGACAAUGUCACAAGAAGGAAAACGAGCGAGAAGCGCCCGCUGCUACCUGGCAACUAACCAUA